AUGAUUAAGGAAGUAGAAAAAUAUAAUUUAGGUGUAGUAGCUCUGCAGGAAAUAAGAUGGAAGGAAGCAGGAAGUAUAGACAUGGGCAAUAUGACAAUCCUUUUCGGGGGGUGUGAUGAAAGAGGACAAUUUGGAGUUGGUUUUGCGGUACGUAAGAAUAUAGUACCAACGAUAAAAGAUUUUAGAAUAAUUAACCCAAGACUGGCGCUGUUGAAAAUAGAGACUAAAUUUUUCGAUAUCGUAUUUAUUAACGUACACGCACCCACGGAGAACAAAUCACAACAAGAAAAAGAAGAUUUCUAUACUGAAAUAGAGCAGCUACUAGAAGGGAUUAGUAAUAGUAAAAUAAAAAUUGUACUUGGAGACAUGAACGCCAAAAUAGGGAAAGAGAGGUCAUAUAGACCAACUAUUGGUACCCACAGUCUACACGACAUGACUAAUGACAAUGGCACAAAAAUUGUGGAUCUGGCUGUAGGGAAAGGUCUUAAAGUCAAGAGUACAAUGUUCCCGCAUAAGAACAUACAUAAAGGGACGUGGGUGUCGCCUGAUGGUAGGCACGUAAACCAAAUAGACCAUAUAUUAAUAAAUGAGAGAUUUGCCAAUAACAUAAUGGAUGUGAGAACAUACAGAGGAGCUGACUGCGACUCUGACCAUUUCCUAGUAGCUAGCAAACUUAGGGUUAAGCUAAAAACAACGAGUAGGAAUGUGAGACCGGAAAUUGUCAGGUAUGAUGUUGAGAAAUUCAGGGAUAGUAGGAAAGCUAAAGAGUUUCAAGAGAACUUACAGAAAAUGGCGCGAGAAUUUAACUCAAAUCAUGAAACAGUAGAUGAGCAAUGGAAAAUAAUUAAACAUACCCUUGGAAAUGUGUCGGAGAAAGUUUUAGGGAAAGCUCAUAGAACGAAGAAACCAUGGUUUAAUGUGAUAUGCCAAGAAGCCCUGAAAAGAAGGAAAAUAGCAAGAGAAAGAUGGCUAAAUGAUGCUAGCAACCAGGAAAUAGAAAGAAUCUUUAGAGCUAAAAGGAAAGAAGCCCAUAACAUUUUUAGAUGUGAAAAGAGAAAGUAUGUUCAAAAUGUAAUAAGGGAGGCAGAACAAGAUUACAGAUCACACAAUACACGGCAGCUAUAUCACAAGGUAAAUAGCUUUAAAGGCGGAUGUAGAAAACAAGAAAAAUUUCUGAAAAAGGACUGUGGAAGCCUAGUGACGAACCAGGAAGAAAUAAUGGAGAAAUGGGCAGAAUACUUUGAAAAGCUCUGUAGUAACUAUAGAGGAAUAGCGUUGCUAGAUACAACAUAUAAGGUAUUAUCAUAUUGCAUCCUGGAUAGAAUUAAACCUCUGGCCGAACAAGUGGUGGGAGACUAUCAAUGUGGAUUCAGGCAAAAUAGGUCAACGACAGACCAGAUAUUUAAAGUCAGGCAGUUAUUCCAAAAGAGCUGGGAAUAUAAUAAGGAACUCCAUGCUAUCUUCGUUGAUUUUCAAAAGGCAUAUGACAGUAUAGAUAGAACUAACAUAACCGAAAUUUUGAAGCAUUUCCACUUCCCAAGGAAAAUAGUUCAUUUAGUUGAAGCUAGUUUAAGACAGACUAAAGUCAAAGUCAAAGUAGGAAACGCGACAUCGAGGAUGGUGGAGGUAAGAACCGGACUUAGACAGGGGGAUGCCUUGUCGCCAGUACUUUUUAAUUUAGUAUUAGAGAAGGUGAUCCGAGAAAUAAAUAUUGGAAGAGAUGAAGGAGUAAGAAUGGAUAGAACUUGCUUUAGUCUGCUCGCCUACGCGGACGAUAUAGUCUUGCUAGGGGAAGAGGAACAAAAAGUGGUAGAAUUAUGCGGCAGGUUAAUAGAAUCGGCAAAGAAGGUAGGGCUACAUCUCAACAUAGAGAAAACACAGUACAUGAAAGUUAGUAAGGAACUAGAUAACCUUCAGGUAAUCGAAACCAUAACAGUUGGUCAGUACAAGUUCAAAAAAGUGGAAGAGUUCAAAUACCUGGGCACGAUUCUAACACAGAAAAAUGAAUGUCAAAUCGAAAUUCAACAAAGAAUAAAAAUGGGAAAUAAAUGCUUCUAUGCACUUGGUAAACUACUAAGUUCGAAAGUCCUGUCAAAAGAGGUUAAGACUCAGCUGUACUUGACAAUCAUACGACCAAUAGUCAUGUAUGGUUCACAAUGCUGGACGUUACGAAAGACUGAGGAGGACAGAUUAGCGGUUUUUGAGAGGAAGGUACUUCGUAAAAUAUAUGGACCUAUAUAUGACCAAGUUUUUCAAGGAUGGAGAAAAAGGCAUAAUCAAGAACUGACGGAGCUUUUCAAUAGNAAAAAAAAAAAAAAAAAAAAAAAAGAUGGGAAGGUAGUAGAGGGAGGAAAAUUGAAUGUAUAA